GAAAGUAGCAACAAGCGGAACGUUUCAUAACCAGCGUCAAAGAGGCUCGGAAUCAUUUUAUAGAGCACCACGCCACACUGAUCGCAGCACGGCGACAGCUGACAAACCGCUCCCUUUGUUUUAAAAUUAAAUCAGGGAGAUGGCGCUGCGUGCUUGUGGCUUCAUAGUGUUUCGUCGUCUGGCCGUCGUGCCUCCACCAGACAACAUUGAGUACCUCCUCUUGCAGACCUCUUAUGGGGAGCACCACUGGACGCCACCCAAAGGCCAUGUGGAUCCAGGUGAGGAAGACCUCAUCACAGCUCUGAGGGAGACCAAGGAGGAGGCCGGGUUGGGGGCGGAGCAGUUGCAGGUGCUUGACGGCUUUGUGCAAGAGCUGCGCUACGAGGUGCGAGGCCGACCCAAAGAAGUGCUGUACUGGCUGGCCGAGCUGAGGGACCCAGGGACAGCGGUGACGUUGUCUGACGAGCACCAGGACUACCGCUGGGCCCGCGUGGAGGAGGCGUGCACUUUGGCUCAGUACAAAGACUUGCAGGACACACUGAGAGCCGCACACAGACACCUGGAGGCUGACCUGGACAAACAGCAAUGAACCAGGAUGUAGACUGUGCACAGGGGAAGAAUAAAGCAGGGGGAAGCUGAAGAGGUGGUAGAUCACCCAAUUGGACAGUGUCUACAAUUUAUUUGAUUUUCCAACUGUCAGAUUGAAAUACUGUUGCAUUAAGCACUUUUCUCUACUUAAUAAUUAAAGGCGUAAUGGAUCACCUUCUGUCAAGACAAAAGGUCACUAGGUGAGUAACUAAUCAAUGCUUGAAAACUGAUUUGAUGUUAGUCACUGCGAACAACCAUAAACAUUUUAUUUCCUUGGAAGUCAUGUGUAAUUACAUAUAUAAAUAUCUUUGUCAAUAAAAUAAAACACAAAAGUUUGUAACGGAGAAAAUAAAGGAGAUGGACAGCCACUUAAUAU